AUGGAACCCAACAGCAUCGAGAAGAUUGUGGAGAUCGACACUCACAUUGGUUGUGCGAUGAGUGGAUUAAUAGCUGAUGCCAAGACGCUCAUUGACAAAGCAAGAGUGGAAACACAGAAUCACUGGUUCACGUACAAUGAGACAAUGACAGUAGAGAGCGUGACUCAAGCCGUCUCCAACUUGGCCCUGCAGUUUGGAGAGGAGGACGCAGACCCUGGUGCUAUGAGUCGACCUUUUGGUGUAGCUCUGCUUUUUGGAGGAGUCGAUGAGAAAGGACCUCAGCUUUACCACAUGGAUCCUUCAGGGACAUUUGUUCAGUGUGACGCUCGAGCGAUCGGUUCUGCGUCUGAAGGGGCUCAGAGCUCACUACAAGAAGUCUAUCACAAGUCCAUGACAUUAAAAGAAGCCAUCAAGUCUUCCCUCACGAUUUUAAAGCAGGUGAUGGAGGAAAAACUCAACGCCACAAACAUCGAGCUGGCGACAGUGGAACCUGGGAAGACUUUUCACAUGUUCUCAAAGGAGGAGCUCGAAGACGUGAUCAAGGACAUCUAA